UAAACCCACACAUUUCAUUCUAAUCACAUUCGCACCAAUGUUCUUCCUUCUUUUCGAGUUUUGGAUCCAUUAUACAUAUAAACAGUUUUAGCUGAUACAUAGAGAGAUCAAAACAGGCAUGAGGGAUUGUUUCUAAUGGAUAAUCCGAUUGGUGUUCUUAAAAUUAGGAUCAAAAGAGGGUUGAAUCUGGCUGUACGUGAUUCAAAAGCAAGCGAUCCUUACGUUGUGAUCAAAACGGAUAAACUGAGAGUGAAGACUCGGUUUGUGAAAAAGGAUUGCAACCCCGAGUGGGAUGAAGAAUUCGAUUUUCCCAUUUAUGAUCCUGAGCUUCCGGUUAGGGUGAAAGUAUAUGAUCAUGAUACGUUUACAUUGGAUGACAAAAUGGGAUAUGCGGAAAUUGACGUGAAACCGAUUUUGGAGGCACUAAAUAUGACAAAGGAAAACCAUCACCCGAGUGGCACUGUUUAACUACAAUACAACCCAUUCGAACAAAUUUCUUGGCUGAAGAAAGCAAUAUAAUGUGGGAAAACAACAAAAUCUUUCAAGAAAUGUGUCUCAGAUUGCGAAUGGUGGAACGUGGUUUAGUUGAACUCGAAGUGACUUGGAUUAAUAAUCCGGAUCCUGGUAGUAACACUUAGCCAU